AUGACGGAGCACUCGAAGGCAGUGGGAGUGAAGAGUGCACUCAUACGAGACAUUGAAAAGCAGUCCGGUUUUGAAGACGAACCUCACGCAUACAAUGUAAAGUCUCGAAGGAAUCUAAGCACAUCGGUGGGAAUCUUCACAUCGCUUCACGGACUUUCCCAGUCAAUACAAACACCAUUCAACAAACUAGGAAUUGAUAAUGAAUUGGGCUUCAAUUUGAUACCCGCUAAAUCGAAAUGCACCUACACUUCGUGUCACAUGGCCGGGGCAUCUGUGCAAACUGGUUUCAACACUACGAUGAAAACUAUAGUCUCUAAAUCACCAAAAGCGACAUCUAGUGACGAUCUAACAACUGAGUGCACAGAAAACGUAAUGAAAAGUAUAAAACAACCACCAACCCUUAGUACGAUGAUUGAUAAAAUAACUACAACAGGAAUUCAUGUAAAUUUUAAAAGUAAAGUUAAUAGAAAUGCAAAAGAACUUAAAAAAAUAUCAUUGCCUAUUAAAAGAAACAAAUGGAAUAAGGGGAAAUUAAAAGACUGCUUAUUCGUCUAUGACUUACCUCAUAUCGUACCGCAUUCAAUUUACUCAGAGCAGACUUCUCCAGUUACGCCUUCAAUAAGAUCGAGUCAUGUUUUGUGUGAACCAAGAAUUGUAGAAUAUGUGAGUAACGGUGCACAAACUUCAGCCAGACAAUGGAAACUUUAUAAUGAAGAAAGAAAUUUAAAUAAAGUUGCAAAACAACGAGUGCCAUCUAGUGGCAGUCCUCGAAACACAAAAAACUCCAAUGUAUUCUACUUAGAGGCUUGCACAAUGAAACCUAGUACUUAUCAUAACGCAGGAUGUCAGACAUAUGAAUACAUUAUUCCAGUAAUAACUAUAGCUAGUGCCUCCACCUGUAGUCUAUCACCAGCAAUAAGUCUUACGGAUAUUUGCGAAGGGAGAGAUAAGAAUGAAUUACAAGCCGUGUAUUACAUGUUGAGUGCAAUCGAAGUAAGGAUCAGAAGAUUGAAACGAAACAUUCGCUGCAGACAAUAA